AUGGGACCGAUUCGAAGAUACCUACGCGUUAGCAAGUGCACUGUGCUUGAAUGCCGGAUAUAUCUAGAAAACCCAUCCGACUCGCGAUGGCUGCUAGACUCCCAUGAUGCUAAGCUUAAGCGAGUGAUUGAAAACAUUCGACCACUAGUGCAACCUAAGUUGCGUGAGGAAAAUGAAAGAAUCAAGGCAAAGAAAAAGAGCAAGCCAGUUAAAGAUGUCCUUGUUGAAGAUGAUUUUGAGGUCUCUAUCUUUCUACGGGAGAGCGGGAGUCGACAUUCACUUCUCACACGGCAGAAAGUUUUCAAAAACGAUAGAGGCCAAAUCACAAGCAAUUCGAGCAAGAUGACUAGUGGGACAAAUGACUCACCAAUUCAAAUAUCAGAGGAAACUAUAGGAGAGGCGAGAAUAUUGGUGGAGAGUGACGAAGAUGAGGAAAUGCCUUUUGCAAACGAUGAAGCGCCUGGCAGGCCGGAUGAAAAUGAGCAGGAAACCGUUGGGGUGGCAAAUGAACCUGCCGAAGACAAAAAGAAGCUAGGCCUUACGACUACGUAUGAUGGAUUUGGGAUAUGGGGCUGGGUACUGUGCCUCAUCAUUAAACGCAGGAAGCCGGUGGAAGCUCCUCAGAAAGCGAACGAAGUAACGUCAGGACAGGCUCUUAUGGAAGAGUGGAUUUGUACGCAGGCACCUCAAGAGUACGACGAUUAA